AUGAACUUGCAGGUUGAGUUAAGUUUGAAGGAACAUAAUAUGGACCAAAGGCAGGAAACAUUUUCAGAGUCGGUGGAGCCCGCGCCGCGGAGCCCGCGAGCACUCCAGAUCCGGGUUUUGCCGGCCGCCCCUUUCCCCGGCGCGAGCCCCCUCCCCGGCCCUCCGAGCUCUCGCCGCCCGCCCGCCCGCGGCUCAUUCUGGCCUCGGCUCGGGCCCCGGCUGCGUCCGCCCCGCGCGCAGGCUGCAAGGCCCCCGCGCGCCCGCGCUCUGACCCGCUCUCGGCGCGUCGCCCCCCUUAGCCUGCCGCCCGGCACCGCUCGCUCCAGUUCCCAGGAGCGGGGAUGCAGAUGCUGCAGCUGGUCGGGGUGGGCGCCGCCGCCGCCGCCACUGCUGGCUUUUCCCGGACUGCUCGUUGCCUCCGCUCCGGCAGCUGCCGCCGCCGCCGCCGCCGCCUGUGACUCGCCCCCUCCCCUUUCUUUCUUCUCUUUUUGCCUCCGUCCUCUUCCUCCGGGAGUGCGCGCGCGCGGGUUGCACGGUUUGCUUUGGCAGGAGCUCGCUCGUGUGUGCGCGUGUGUGAGUGUGCGUGUCUGGAGAGCGCCAGUGCCUCGCUCGCUCCUGGGGAGUCGAAGAGAAAGAGCCGAAGAGACAGCGGCGGCGGCGGCGGCGCGGAGCCCGGGGCCGCGCGAUGAAGCUCCCACAUGCCCGCGGCCGCCCGGCCCGGCCGGCGAGCUAAUCAGCCACCCCCAGGGCUCGGGGCUCGCCGGCCCCCGGGACGCAGCCCUCGGCUGCCGGGCGUCCGCUCUGCCCGCACGCCCCCGCCGUGCACCCGGGAAGGAGUUUGCUUGGCUGUCGCUCCGGCUGUCCGCGGAGGCUGCGGGCGCGAGGGGGGACCCUCGGCUGGGAGAGAACCUCGGGAGGACGAGGAAGAGGACGCUUUGGCUGAGAAGCCACCCCUGGCCCUCGCGGCUCCCCCUACCUAUUCCAUCGCUCCCGCUCCGAGGCGGAAAGGGGAGGACGUGGAAGAAGAAAAAGAAAGAGAAGGGGGGUGGGGUGGGAGAACUGGAUAUAAAGAUCGGCUGGGGGGAUGGUGGAAGAUUUUUGGUCUCUUCGGCAGCGUCUUUUCUUAAGCGGCGGCGGCAGCAGCAGCGAGAGGAGGAGAAGCAGCCCUGACUGUGACUGCCGCAUGUUAAUAACUGCCGCUGGGUCCCUCGGCUGCUGCUGGAGACAGAGCCUGACUCCGAAGUUGUGCAACUGUGGACUGGGAGAGACGUUUGAACCCCCUUUUCUCUUCGCUCUGCUUUUGCUCCCUUGGCGUGUGUGAAGCGAGGAGCCUCAAGAAAGGCGAGCAUUUGGCUCUCGUUUCCCUUCCCCUUUCUCCGAGGCUGUGUGGCAGAAGAAAGGGAAGAGACUUUUUGUUGUUGUUUCCUUGACUGGGGUCUCCACCCUCCUGCUGCUUUCUCUGCGCUUCGAUUCUCGUUAUUAGCCGCCUGUGGUUGGGGGUGUCUGCACAGGGGCCGGCCGGUUUUUUGCCCCGGGCUCAAUGGCUGGAUUGUGGAAACUGCGCUCAGGUUGUUGAGCAACUGAUGGGACGAUCUCAGGGACCGGCGGUUACGAAAGAGGGGAAGCCAAGAUACAGGAGUGGAAAUUACUUGGCCACAUCAAACAGACAUGUUUAAUUUGGUAUAUCGGAGGAAAAAAACAUGGAUUUUUAGCAGUUGAAGAGGAAAUUAAGGU